UAAAAAAAAAAACCCAAGAUUGGUAAAAAAGAAAAGAAUAAAUAGCGAAGUUUGAGCAUCAGGCUCAAGAGCUUCCUUCAGAUUUCAUCCAAUAAAACCAUCGCUAUAUUUGCUUUGUGAACAUUUGCGUUUGAUUCAGGUUUCAGAAAAAAAAUGGCUGAAACUCGUGCUAAGAAAAGAUGGCUUCCCCUUGAAGCUAAUCCCGAUGUCAUGAAUCAGUUUCUAUUGGGUCUGGGAUUACCUGAAGAAGAAGCUGAAUGUAAUGAUGUUUAUGGGUUGGAUGAAGAAAUGCUUGCAAUGGUUCCGCAGCCAGUUUUAGCUGUGCUUUUUCUGUAUCCUCUUACUUCUCAGAGCGAGGCGGAGAGAGUGAAGGAGGAUAGUGUUGAAAAGGACUACAACAAAAAAGUGUAUUUCAUGAAGCAAACUGUGGGAAAUGCUUGUGGGACAGUUGGGCUUCUACAUGCUAUUGGGAAUGUUACAUCGGAAAUCAAGCUUCAGGAAGAUUCCUUCUUGGAUAGGUUCUACAAAUCCACAGCAAACAUGGAUCCAGCAGAGCGUGCUAUGUUUCUUGAGAAAGAUACAGAAAUGGAAGUUGCUCAUUGUGUAGCAGCUAGUGCUGGUGACACUGAGGCUUCAGAUGAUGUUGACACUCAUUUUAUCUGCUUCUCAUGUGUUGAUGGUGAACUUUAUGAACUUGAUGGAAGGAGGGAAAGACCAAUAUCACAUGGACCAUCCUCACCAAACACUUUACUUCUGGAUGCAGCAAAGGUCAUAAAGGGAAUGAUUGAGAAAAACCCCGGCUCAAUGAACUUCAAUGUCAUUGCUGUAUCAAAGAAGACUGUGUAACUAUAUCCAAAUUGAGUUUGUUUAUACUUCGUACAAGUUUGAGUUUUUACUAGAGAAUUCUCAUGCGAUAUAUUCUAGUUCUGUAUCGCAAUUUACCCAAAGCAAUGUCGCUGUCACAAGCGAUUGAGUUGCUCAAUUAGCCUUGCAUUUUCUGUGAAAUCUUGUCCGAUCACUUUUACAGAUGAGUUCUAGUCUCCUAGCUCUUUUACUGCAACCUUGUCGAUUAUUUUAGGAAUUUGCAGAUUUUUACUAUCGAGUGCUGAAAGAAAGGAAACAUUUUUAUUUAUAUCUACUUUAAAUAUGUAGGCAUGUAGCCAUGUAAAUUUUGUUUCUAUUUGAGUAGUUAGGUUUUGGCGUUUA